GGCCAAUGCUAUAUAAAGGCCUAGAUAAAAAUAAAAAUAGCCCGGAAAAAUAGGGCAUUGGGCAGUUGGCAUGGAAUUAAGCAACAGACAAGCCAAUAAAGCUGGACCCCCCAUACAUUGUGUGUUAAUUUUUCUUCUUUCUUUUCUAUGGUUAGCUGGGAAGCUGAUAUGUUGUUUUCGUUGCCUAGCCCGUUUUUUCCGAGGUAUAUUCUUCAUCGGGUAUUCCCAAUUUAAGCAAGAUCUCUCUUCAUUAUAUCUCCCAGCAAAUUCAUUGCGGGUCUGUAUUUACAUGUUAAAGGGAUUGUGGGCAUGGGGCAACACGGAAGUUGUUACUCCCACGCAAAUACGAAUAGACGGUGCCAAGCUAUGGUACUUUAUAGAGGUACUUAAACAAAAUACAUGUAGUUUCGUUUUCAUGUAGGUGCAAAAAGCCUGGCUGUAUCAUUUAUAUUGUUAUUAUUAUUAUACUGUCUAUGUGCGCUACAUAUUCUCUCUGUGAUCAUAGUCGUCCUAUCUCAGUCUGAUUCGAUGCACGUAUGAUGGCCACGGUCCCGUCGCAUAAGUAGUUCACGAUCUUUAUUGAAUUUCACUAACGAAAAUGAGGAAGCUGAGUACGCAGAGUUCUUUGGCCAGUAGUACCCCCGAUGACCGGUGUCCACUGCACCUUGACGCCAUCCAGGAUGCCUACAAUUUACCAUGUGGCCAUGCAGCUUGUCAUGAAUGUCUGUACGCCAUUGCAACAGCGAGCAGGAAAUACCGAAGGCCACACAUCACAUGCCCUGUAUGCCAGAAGACAUCCCCGUUUGAACCAGAACAGAAAGAACUUGAGGAAGCACAGUUCAGGGCGGAAUCAAGGUGUGAGUUGAGUAGAAGUCCCUCCAUCAGCGAUGACCCGAGAAGCCGAUCGAGCAGUUUGAGCAGUCAUGGUGGAAGCACCGCUGCGUUGUCUCCUAUCAGACGUCGGGAGUCUAUGAAGAUCAACAAGGAGCUUGAUGUGAAUGCAUCUAAGCUAACCAUCUCAAACGACCCCAUGGUCAACAAACGCGUCACCAUCACACUCAGACUAUGUGAUCAGGACGGGAAAAUUAUCAUUCCGAAAAGUAACACAUACGUCAGAGGAACAAUUCUAUUUCCUGAUGGUGAGCCAAAGGAAAUUGAGCUUCUCCCGUACCGACCACAGUCGUUAGGAAUCAAUGAUCUCACACAUUCCUUCGAGAAAGUGUUCGUUCCACAGAGCGUUGGUAAGUACGAGGUUGAUAUUCCAGUCUCGGACAACUCGAAAGAACACAUCAUUGCUUACAUCCUGGUUAAACCAAGUGGUGGGAAAGUGUUUGAUUUACGAGGGAUGUCAAAAUUUAAAAACCCUCAUGACAUAUUCCUUACAGGAGGCCAGUACGUCAUUACUGACAAGGGCAAUCACCGAAUAAUCGUAACCGAUCGCGAAGGAGUCGUCCAAAUGGAGUUUGGUUCAACUCCACCUAAAGGGUUGAAAAGAAUCGGACCGUUUGCAAUUGCGGGCGAUCCAGGCGCAUAUUAUGUGACAGACGAUGCGAAUAAAUGCGUACUGCAAUUCGUGAGGACAACGGCGAAACUGCGUCUCUGGGCGAAGGUAGGGCCAUCACCGACAGGAAUCGCCCUCGACAUCGAACACGUUUACGUUGCGGACGCGAGAGAAAGCAACGUCCGGGCCUUCAACCGCCACGCGCAACAGCUCUUUACCAUUGCCUAUCCUGGAAACCUAGAUGGUGCUAUCAGUUAUCCCUGGUUCAUCAAGAUCAACUCUAAAGGUAACCUUGUGGUUGCGGACAGGAACAACUGCAGGAUCCAAAUCUUCGAUCCACAUUCCAAAAAGUCUCUUCUUUUAAUCUCACCAGAUCUCUGUGGAAAGAGAUGGCACUGUCGCGGACUUGCUCUGGAUCGUCUUGAUAAUAUCUACGUGACCUGUAGGCGGACAGACUCGUGGUGUAUGUAUAACAAAGAAACGGUUAUGGUGUUCAGCGCGUCAGGAGAUUACCUAGGAAAUUUUGGAGAACUUUGUGAAUUCAACUAUAUCCGGGGCAUUGCCAUCGACGAUGACCAGGCAACUGCCCUAGUCGUAGACGGAGCCAAUCACAGAAUCAAAGGGUACCGAUUAUGAGGCCAAACAACAAAUCGUUAAUAAGUAACUGUCCCGGGUAACUGUACUGGAUCCUCUACAUUCUCUAUAUAUGUCUGCAUAUUCAAAUGAAUGUUUGAUCUUGCCUUAUAUUUGAGUGUUACAAUUAUGAUUCCAGUCCGAUUGUUUAUGCAACGGUAAAUAUCGGGGGAGGUUGGGAUAAUUGUUCUUCCCUUCGAUGUAAUAAAAAAAGAACAUGAUAACACGAAGAGGGGGAGGGAUGAGAAAUUCGAACGAGAGGAAAAGCAGCUGGAAUGCGAUUAUUAUAUAUAUUGUCAUCAUAAUUGUAACGAGCCCAGAGCGCCAAUUUUAAUCAUCAUCAUCAUAAUCAUAUUCUACUGCCUGCAACCCGUCAUAGACAUCAGCGAUUAAGGUCCUAGCGUUUGUCAUCUUUUACAAUCCUGGUCGUUUGUCUUCACAAAUACCCCUAUAUACCCGCUUCAAUAUGAAUAAAUGGAAUGAAAUGGAACUAGAAUAAGAGCAAUCUUUAUAACAAAGGGGAUAUUCUUUUUCAAGAAUCUCAAAAGGAAUAAUUCUCAAACUACUUGGAAUAUUCUAUUGGUUUGAUUCUGUUCUUGUUAAAGCAUGACGUUAGUAUACAUUUUUACAUCAACACAACGAUAAAGAAUUUUAUUAAGUUGUAAUGGCUUUAUCUGAUCAUGGCAUUAUUAUUUUUUAAAUAUCGAAUCGGCAAGGCUGCUCCGUCAGCAUCAAAAAGGAAAAUCCUACAGUUAAUCAAAAACGCACUUUUAACGGAAAUAAACUUUUCCCGGCUUUCAACCGCGAGGGUUAUAUUGAAAGAGGAUGUAAUAGCUUGUUUUGUUGACAAUAACACACCGUCCUUCCGCUCGUUGAUUUUUUCCCCUUUCAUUUCAUUUUAAAUUUCUGCUUUCUCAUCUCCGUUUGAGGAAAAAUUCGGGAUUUCUUCACUCUUUCUCCCUUUCUUUUGUUGAAAACUUAGAUAAAAUUAUUUAUAUCCCAAAGUUAUUUGUAUAAUGACCUAAACAUCGAAGUUAUAAUGUAAUAUUUAUAAAAACCUUAGUAAUCAAUUACUCAAUUAGGAAAGAUUUGAUUUGCCAACAAAAUUAUGGUAUAGACUAGGUUAUAACCAAUUUGUUUCCUUCCAGUUGCAAUGGUCUAAUUGCCAUUUGAUAUCAAAGGUCAAGUCCACCCCAGAAAAAUGCUGACUUGAAUAAAUAGAGAAAA